GUCGUUCUUUUUGCCAAUUCGAUGACUGUUGGUCAAAAUGCCGCCAAACGCAACUGAUCCACCCAUUGAUGGCGACCCUGAAAUAGUAUAUAAUGGGGCAGACAAAAGCAACCAAGCUCCCCAAUUUUUAUCGACAUCUAAAGAUGAUUACAAGCUGAAUAUCUUUCAAUCGUCGUUGAAUCAAAUUGCUCAUAUUCUCAUAGGGAUGACAGUGGGAGUAAUGUUGCUUUUCACGAUGCGUAAUGGUCUUCCAAUUGGUGCUACGCCGCGACACAUCACUUUGUGCGUCCUUGGGUAUCACCUGUUGAUGACCCAAGCCAUCCUUAGCCUGAGCCCCCACAACAGCUGGUCGUCGCGACUGACGCUGGUGCACCGGCGUCGUGCUCACUGGAUCCUGCAGAUUCUUGGCUCCAGCCUGGCUUUGGCCGGUUGCUUUAUCAAGAUCCUUGACAAGACUGUACAUUGGAAUACUAUGCACGGACAAUUUGCCCUGGUUUCCAUGGUAUUCACGUCAGUAGCACUGGUAAACGGACUCGCGUCACUCUACGCCAACGAGCUCAGAGGUCUCCGACUGUCGCCAAAUUUAUCCAAGCUCACCCACAUCUGCUUCGGCAUUGUCGGCUUCUCCGCUGCUUCCAUCACCCUGUGCUACGGCUUGGACAAGAACAUGUUCAGGACCUGGGCCUCUGAUGACUUCACCACGGCAAUGAUCGUCUUCGUUGCCACCUAUACUGCUAUCAUCGUCAUCAACCCUUUUAUAUCGUUCUUUAAGAAAGGACGUGGGUUAUUUACUAACUAAUAAGCAACUUGAAUCUCAACUAUGUAAGGCACUUUUCAUAUUUUUUAUUUUAUUUAAUAAAUACAAUAUACUGGUUACUUUGGAGUUACGUUAUGCGUGGGGCUAUUUGUGACUUUAUAUUAGAAAACAAAAUAAAUUAUUGAAUCCUCAUGUA